AUUAAAAUUAUAAACGCAGUAAAGUGAAAGCAGAUAUGCAGAAUUAACCUGUAUUAUCCAUUGUGAUGUAAAAUGCUUUGAAAUGUUUAUUAUAUGGGAAUAUUUUGUAGUUAACCAGAAAGAUGUUAAAAGUCGAUGUUUUCAGAGUAGUUUGGUUGUUCUCUCUACUGCGCAUGCUCUCUUGGAUCCCGGAAGUUUCGAAUCUGAAAGUUGUCCCGUGGAGCUAAAUUGUUUUCAUUUUUUAUUUUUCCAACUGUUUAUUCUUAUUCUUAGUUUCUUAUUUAAACUCAUUUCUUCCGAUAAGUCCUCCAGAAUCUGACUUUAAAACCUUCCGCUGUCUUCCGGCUGAGAGAGCAGGCAGCCGGGGACCGCCGCUCUCUGUCCCGCCAGGAGCAGAGCCUCAUGUCCGGCUUCGGCUUGGUCCCGGUGGAUGGCGGGGAUCUGGUCCAGCUGCCGCCGGGUGAGACGGUGCUGGGCCGGGGUCCCUUCCUCGGGAUCAGUGACACCAGAGUUUCCCGACGCCACUGUCUGCUGGAGAACCUGGAUGGACAGCUGCGACUCAAACCGACCCACAUCAACCCGUGUUUCCUCCUGUUGUCCCCGAACGAUGACCCCCGACCCCUGGAGAGAGGCUCCUGGCACCGGCUUCACCUCGGAGAUCAGUUCUCUCUGCUGCCAGGUCGCUUCAUCUACAGGGUGGCAGCCGCCGGUGCAGAGCGGAGCGCGCCCAGAAACAGUCAGAACUUUGAAGACGAAGAAGGAGCUCUUCCUCUUCCUGCUGGGUCCGAUGCGGCGGCUCCUCCGGUGGUCAGACUGGGUCAGGAACAGACUUCCUGUGCAGACAGGAACCGGCACAGCAGUGAUUUCAGGCAGGAAGUCUUGACUCGACGUCUGGACGGCGUUCAGAGCGACGAGGCUCCGCCCCCUCCCAGGAGGCGGGUCUUACCUGCCUGGAUGAUGGCGGCUGUUGCGGCUCCAGCCUCCAAAGGCGUGAAGAGAAGUAAACCUGCUGCCACUCAGGCCCCGCCCACUCUAUCCUCCCCACCUGAGGGGGCGGAGCUGUGCGAGGAAGAGGCAGAGAGGCCGAGGAAGAAGAGUCGGGCGAUGAGCAGCGAGGAAGAAAUCCUCCCAACACAAACAGAUGACCUCUGGGAUGAGUCGACCUCCAGAGGUCAGAUUGGACCCAGCAGGUCAGAGGUCAGCUCUGCACCAUCACAGAGCGCAGCAGCUGAGAAAUCGCAGCAGGAGGAGAAGAAGACCCGGCCUGGAGUCAGAACCGCUUGUCCCUACGGGAAGGACUGCUACAGGAAGAACCCGCUUCACUUCCAGGAGAGCAGUCACCCUGGAGACGCCGACUACGAGGAGGAGGACGACGAGCGACCGGAGUGUCCGUACGGCGCCGCCUGCUACAGGUCAGACGGGUCCAGAUCAAAGUCUGACCGAGCCAGAGAAAGCUAAGCCCCGCCCACAGGCGCAAUGAGGAAGACUCCCCAAAGUGGGCGGAGCCAGGAGACACUGAGGGGCGUGGCCACAUGUAGUGUGGGGUGGGGGAGUUCGUUGGGGCAUUUGGUAAAAACACCUGACUGAGAUUUUCAUCAACGAUCAGAACCGAUUCUGUCGUUUGUCCCACAACUCCAUCUACACCACCGCUACGGACGCGAUAAACUACGGACCCGAUAAACUACGGACCCGAUAAACUACGGACGCGAUAAACUACGGACGCGAUAAACUACGGACCCGAUAAACUACGGACCCGAUAAACUACGGACCCGAUAAACUACGGACCCGAUUAACUCCGGACCCGAUAAACUACGGACGCGAUAAACUACGGACCCGAUAAACUACGGACCCGAUUAACUACGGACCCGAUUAACUACGGACCCGAUAAACUACGGACCCGAUAAACUACGGACGCGAUAAACUACGGACGCGAUAAACUACGGACCCGAUAAACUACGGACGCG